UCUCUUGUCUGCAUCUCUCCUCAGGUAUAACGUGGGGGAAGGUGGUGUCCCUGUAUGCGGUAGCCGGUGCCCUGGCGGUGGACUGCGUGAGGCAUGGUCACCCAGCCAUGGUCCACACCAUCGUAGACUGCAUGGGGGAGUUUGUCCGCAAGAGCCUGGUCUCCUGGUUGAAGAGGAGAGGAGGCUGGGCUGAUAUCACAAAGUGCGUUGUGAACACGGACCCCAGCUUCCGCUCCCAUUGGCUGGUGUCUGCGACCUGCGCCUGUGGCCAUUACCUGAAGGCCAUGUUGUUUUACCUGCUCCGGGACAAGUGACAACGGAGGACGCGUUGAGGCACGGCACGAUGGACAAUCUGCCCGCCAGCGCAGGACAGCAGAGCCUUAUCCUGGUCCCAGAUCUGUUCCCAGCCCCUGACAACUCUAUUGCUGUCGUUGUCAAGCUAAACAAUUUUUUUGUUUGUGUGUUUUAGAUCAAGGAGUUUGUCAGGACAAGUGAGUGACAAGGAGUUGUCAUGACAGCCCAAACAGUCUGAAGGGGCAGCCAUCCCUCCUCUAGAGUUCUAGAUAUGUUGUUCGUUUACACCUGCAGACGUUUGCACUGAGUCUGCCACUGACGAGCACCUUGGGCCUCUUCACAAACAAAUGAAACAAACGCACCGGCAUCGGAACAGUCAACGUCAAUAAGCUUGUCAGCCACGUCUGCUUUGAGUUUGGGUGUUUGCGAUUUAGCUUGACAGUAUUAGUGUGACGUGUUAUGUACAGAUUCUCCAGCUGUAUUGUGAGGUUGUAGUCUACAUACAUACUGAUCCAUAGCGUUAACAGUUGACUUGAAUGGGAAUGCCCAUUCUAGUUAUUCUAUAUCUGGAUCUCUGUUUUUCUACAGCUCUCUCUCUCUGUGUCACAUUUCUUGCUUUCUUUAUGCUUACAUAGACUGGUUAACUGACAACGUCUCUCACACACACACACACACACAAAAACACGCACCCCCUUCUAAGAGGCAGAAGGACGUGUGUUGGGAUGGCCAGAUAGCUAGCAACAAGGAAAAUAACCUGCCAUGUUAUCGUAAGUGGCUCGUUUUGAUCUUUGAUUCUUGAUACCAUGUCUUGUUUUGAGGUGAUGUUACGUCUAUGCUAAUUUGACUAAUAUUUGCUAGCUAGCGGGCUAACCAACAACUGUCACGAUGUAUUUGAGAGACAACAAGUGCUCAUUGUGCAACUUUAUUUAUGUUUUCAAUAAACAUUUUAGAUUAAAUAUAGUUUACAUGUUGUUAACCGUCUAAGCCAACCUUGUCUGUUUGGACCCAUCGUUGUGCAUGCGUUGAUUUUGUUGCUAAGCAACCCAUCCGUCAUUUACUCCUGGGCAAAUAUUCAUUUUUUAAGCAAUGGGAUAUUUGUAUAAAUUUGAGUUUCAUUUAUGCACAUGCUGUAUGUCAAGUGAAGUGUGGAUAUGGCCCGGACAGAGUGGGAGAAUCUCAAUUGUGAUUUCCCUUGAUUCCUCACGUCCCCUCUCCUCAUCUACUCAAAACCCAUUGGUUUGAGCAAGUCAGAGAGGCGGGACCUCUGACCUUCUCAUCCAAUCGGGUUUUGAGAAGGAGGCACGAGGAGAGAGGAAUGCGAAGAUUCAAAGAAAUAGCCAUUGAGAUUUUCCCAGGGCUUCUCAUGAAGCCCCCUAGUGGCUGGAAAGAAGAAUGACCAGAAAAACACAGGAAGAGACUGUUGUGAUUUGAGGAUCUCUGGAUGGAUAAUGGUCAGAUGAAUGAAAAGGAUAACGGACUUCACUAAGUGAAAUAAUGAUCAAUUCCUCAGUUUGGAUGGAAAUAUAGUUUUGAUUAUAAAGUUUGUUUGCAUGCUUCAUGUAUGGGCUUGUAAAGUAAGCAUUUCACCAUAAGGUGUUUUAUUCGGUGACAGAUAAGAUUUGAUUUGAUUUAUGUGACGGGCGUGUGGAUUUACAUCAGUCCCCCAGUUAGUGUGUGUAUGUGGUGUGUGUGGUGUGUGUGUGUG